GUUUGCUUGUUGGUUUUUGGGUUAUUCUUUGUUGCUUGUUCAUGUGUAUGAUUCUUUUUGCGUCAUGCUUUUAGGUGAAUAGAUAAAAUAAUGAAAGAACGGAAAUUUUCCAAAGUUAAAUCAGCAAUCAAGUUUAUAUGGUGGGGAGGGAGAUGGGGUAAGGCUGAGGGCGAGAAUGCUCAACCUCGUUUGGUGUCCUCCACUAAACCAGUUGGUUGCCAACUGACCUAGAACGUGGAGAACAGUUUUUGAUUUCUAGGGAGGAUGAAUUGAAACCAGCUGUAAGAGCUGGGGAAAAGCUCACCUACCAAUUUGGGCCUAGAAGGCAGGACCAGGUGUUGAUAGCUCUGUAUACAAGUGGUCUUCUAGUCUGGGAUGUAAAACUGCUGUUUGGUCUAACAGCUUCCCUUGGAAAACAGAAAAUGCUUACACUUAAUUACUGAAAUAAAAUAAGGUAUAUUCA